AUGAGUUUUUUGGGUAAGUUGUUUGGUGGUAAAAAGGAGGAAAAAGGGCCUACAACGCAUGAAGCUAUACAGAAGUUACGUGAAACUGAAGAAUUGUUGAUCAAAAAACAAGAAUUUCUGGAACGGAAGAUAGACGUAGAGUUACAAACUGCGAGGAAGCAUGGUACUAAGAACAAAAGAGCCGCUAUUGCUGCCCUCAAGCGUAAGAAGAGGUAUGAGAAACAACUGACACAGAUUGAUGGCACCCUAACGCAGAUUGAGGCACAGAGAGAAGCAUUGGAAGGAGCCAACACUAAUGCACAGGUGCUAAACACAAUGAAGGAUGCUGCCAAUGCCAUGAAACUGGCGCACAAAGAUAUAGAUGUCGACAAAGUACACGAUAUUAUGGACGAUAUCGCAGAACAACACGACAUUUCGCGGGAAAUCACAGACGCAAUAAGCAACAACGUCGCGUUCCCCAACGACAUCGACGAGGAUGAACUUGAGAAAGAACUUGAAGAAUUGGAACAGGAGGAUCUGGACAAAGAGAUGCUUGGAAUCAAUGUACCCAAGGACAACCCGCUGGAGUUACCAUCCUUGGAUGAGGUGCACGACAAACCAAAGCCCAGCAAGUCUAAAACAGAGGAUGAUGACGUACUGAAGCAGCUGGAAUCCUGGGCUACAUAG